AUCCUCUUUCCUUCUAUUAUAUACCAUCUAUCAUCUCCACUCUGUCCCUUUAUUCGACCGUCCAGUAGAUAUCAAAUCAAUAUCUGCGGAUCCGUCAGAGGGGCUGUGCGAUAUAAUGAAAGAAAAAGGCGUGAAUCCAAAUUCUACUUUUACACAAGACCAUACGAGAGAAUUGGGGUCUACUUCGAAAUUAUCACCAGAAAGAAUAUCGUUGAUAGAUGUUUCAACAUCACCAGGAAGAAUAUCGUUGAAAGAUGGUUCAAAGAUGAACAAAGGUAUAAAUCCCACUGGACCGAGCGAUCAAGGGGAGAGUAGGAAUGAUAUAAGAAAUGAAAUGAUAAACCUUCAUACGAAUGAUACACAUUUCGAUCCGAGGGGUUCAAGUACCGAUAAGAGGGGUUGGAAUGUCAAUAAGGAGGAUAAACUUCCCGAGAAACGUCUUGUUACUGGUGCUGGGAAAGAUAAAGGGAAGAAAGAUAAUUGGUUACUUAGGAAAUUUAUGGUACUAAUUCUACUGGGUUUAUCUAUAUGGGUAUUCUACGUUGUCGUAGGUCGGAUAUGCGCCAAAAGUAUCCAACGAAGAGGGAGGUUUGGUAGAGCAGCAGGAGUUGGGAUUUUGAUAGGGUUUGUGGUUUUGUGGUUGAUGAAUAUGUGGAAUUAUCUCAAGAUCACUCUCACUGGACCUGGUUUCGCUCGUGAUUACGUCGAAAAAACUCCACCUCCAAAAAUACCGGAACAAACAUGGCAAACUGGUCGCACAGAACCAUCGGGCACCGUCGAUUCCUCCGCCCCUGAUCCUUCCACCCUCGCACCAGCAAUCAACAUCGCUACUGAACUCGUCGGUCAUCCGGGUCAACGAUCAUCUUCCGCCACUCUCACCGGUCCCACCCUCGCGCAAAAGAGAAGAGGUUGGGGAAAAGAAGAUUUGACCGAUUGGAGAGCAGUUAGAAGACCAGUACCUACUGUCAAUGUGGGUCCGAGAUGGUGUCAGUAUUGCGAGAUCGUCAAACCUGAACGAACGCAUCAUUGUCGGCAUUGUGGAACUUGUGUUUUGGCUUUUGACCACCAUUGCCUCUGGAUCGGUCAAUGUGUCGGAUGGCAGAAUCAUAAAUUCUUCAUGAACUUUAACUUUUGGGGAUUAUUGUUCAACUCAUACACCCUCGGCGUGCUCAUUGCUUAUGCGGCAAAAGCUAGUGGACAAGAUGGAGAGGUGAUCACACUUGCUAUCAUAACGGCAAUCUUCUCAAUGUUUACCUUCACCAUGCUUCUCACCCACCUUCACCUCAUUUUGACGGGCCGUACGACAGUCGAAUCGUUCGCCGGUAGGGAUCAAAUGGAGGAAGAAAAUCGGAUAUUGCAGAUUGAGUAUGGCAUGUUUUGGCAUAAUUCCGAAAAGAAGAAAGUUCGUAGGAGGUGGAAAGAAGAAUUUGGGGGUGUGUCGGUGGACCAGAGGUGGAAGGUCGGGACGAACAGGGAAAGAUGGGAGAUGAAAAUGGGGAAGAGAUGGUGGGAGUGGAUAUUCCCCGUGGGUCGAUCUACAGGCGAUGGCACACACUUUGAGCAAAAUCCUCAUCUCGGACCCAAUGGCGAAUGGCUCAUGGUUCAAGAUUGGCCAAAGGACCUUCGACCUGUAUCAAAAACGACUUCUUGAUAUCAGAACAUCAACGACAAAUCUGCAUAAUCCGAAGAACAGAUAUAAUCGCAUUUUCUCACUAUGUGUUGUAUCGAUACUGUGACAUGCAUAUGGUCAUCAUCUC